AUGGGGCUUCCCUGUGGCACCGUGGUCCCCUGGGCAAAGGAGAAGAGAGGCUGGACCCUGAACAGCGCCGGCUACCUCCUGGGCCCGCAUGCCAUCGACACCCACAGAUCCCUUAGUGACAAGCACGGCCUGGCUGGGAAGCGGGAGCUCCAGCCCGAGGAGGAAGCAAAGCCAGGAAGCCUUGACAGGUCGCUGCCUGAGAGCAAUAUAGUGCGCACACUAAUUGAGUUUCUGACCUUCUUGCAUCUCAAAGAGGCCGGAGCCCUCCACAGCCUGGCCGGCCUCCCACCGGAGGUCUCCUCAGAAGACACAGAGCAGUCCUGAGGUGCCGUCACCCUCGAAAAUGAGGAAACUCUGCCCUUUUGUGCAGAGUGACCCACUCUGUGCUCCGCUUCUGUGCUGUGCUGCUAUCAUUUAAGAUGAUUUGGUUUAGGUAAUUGUUCUGAGCGACAAAAUAAAAAAUAGCAACUGCACUCGUCUGGUU